CAUUGCGCAUGGGGUGAUCCCUUGUCUCCUUCCUCUUAUCCUACGCACCCAUCCUCUGUGCUCCACUGUACUCCUUGUCCUUAUCGAUCUCCCCCAUCAGUCACAGUGUAUACCGAGACCAGCCGCUUUCACAGCAGCCCGAUUCCUAGGCUUUCGAAUCACCAUAACAAAUUGCUCUUGUUUUUUGAACUCCGUUGCAUUGCUUUUUAGCUGCACUUUGGUUCGAAAAUCUCUAUCUCUCUCUCUCUCUCUCUCUCUCUCUCUCUCUCUCUUGUGACAGUUUCGGUUUUUGGUGAGCUGCUUGAGGGUCUCUAGAGAGAGAGGGGAAAGGAUUCUGUGAGGAGACAGGAGAGAAAAAGCGAGAUUGCAGAAGCACUGUUGUAACGUAGUGUCGGUUGUUGCAUAUAUAUAUAUAUAUAUAUAUAUAUAUAUAUAGAGAGAGAGAGAGAGAGAGAGAGAGAGAGAGAGAGAGAGAGAGUGAAGGAUUGCAGAGGCACUGUUUUUUUUUUUGGGUAGGUUUGCAGAGGUACUGUUGCAUCGUACCGUUUGGUGGUUGUAUUUUUCUGUUCACGCUUUUUGAGUAGUAUUGUUAGAGGUCCUGUGGUUUUCCUCGUGAAAGUAGCGUAAGAGCAGAUUAUUCGAUCAUUUGCAAUCAUGAAAGAGUGAAAUGAAGAGAAAGGGAAACUUUUGCUGAGAGAGAGAGAGAGAGAGAGAGAGAGUAGGCCUGGAAAAAUGAGGUUCAGGUCACAGAGGUUGUUUUGAGCAAAUUUAGGGGAUUGUUUGUUCUUAUGGAUUGCAUUCUAGUUAUUUUGCAUUUGGCUUCUUAAUUUGCAUUUCUAGGGCUGGAAGAGGAUUUGGAAUUAAGCGAAGUUUCGAACGAGGGUUUGCAAUUCGUUCCUCUGUUUUGGAGCUAUGAAUGAGAAUCCAAGCAAGACGGCGUCGUCGUCGUCGUCUCUAGCCAUGACGGAGAAGCGGCCGCAGAGGCCAGGGGGUUGCGUUGGUAUCUUCUUCCAGCUCUUCGAUUGGAACCGGAGGUUCGCGAAAAAGAAGCUUUUCUCUAAGAAAUUGCUCAUUCAAGGUCGUUCAAAACAGUCUUCCAGUAAGUUUGGUGGAGACGAGAAGUUGCCCAAGCUUCGUUUGAUUGCCAACGAAAACAGUGGCGGUUUCCCGAAUGUGAAGAAAAGUGGGACAUGUAAUGAUAAUCAUGACCAAAAGCCCGGAAUGCAAUCUCCGGGCUUAGUUGCUAAGCUUAUGGGUCUGGAUUCCAUGCCAGCUACAAAACAAGAUAAGUCGAAAAAGGCCUUGUUAUUUGAGAGUGGCAGUGAUAAAGAAGGUUGCGUAAGUAGUCACGGUAGAUCUGAUGACGAAGGUUCGAGUUUUGAGAAAGGAAAUACAAAAGGUGAAUUGAGGCCUCAGAAACUUCAGAAAACAGGACCUUUGGAACGACAACCGCUAAGUAGGUUUGGAGCGGAGGCAUUGCAAUUUAAAAGCGUUUUGGCACAAUCAAGAAAGCAUCGUUCUAAGCUCCCAUCUCCGGUGAAGAGUCCAAGAAUGACAACUGGAAGAAAUGCAUCUAGAUUGAUGGAUGCUGCUGCUAAAAUUUUGGAACCUGGGUUGCAAGCUACAAACAGGGCUAAAUCUUCUCUUAUUUACCCGAGUACUACGAAUCAUGUUCCCAAAGAUGAGGCUAAAAUGGAGGAAACAAUGGUACGGUCACUGGAUUUAUCAGAAAAGUGCGAUUAUCGUGUGAUUGCCGUCAGGUCAUUGCAGGGGCAUUCUUGCAAAAACUGUGGCAGUUUGGUAGAUGAUGCGGGGUCCAACCCGAAUCUGGUGGAACAGCCGUUGCCCUUUGCUUCCUCUGUCCCCAAUCAUGUCAACGCGUCAUUUGAAGCAUUAGAAAGGAGUAAGCCUAGUCCAGUGAUAUCCUCCCUUAGGCGAGAAAAGGAGAGAGUUGGUGAUAGAAUUCAGGAGCAACCCUUCCCUUUUACUGCUCAAGCAAGGAUCAAUCCUCGUACUCGUGGUGAAGCCAUUUCUAAAAGAAAGCCAAUCAAUCUAGAAGAUGAAAGGUGGCAUUGGACAAGCCAACAGUGCAAACCUCAAAAGGGCGUACCGUCUUCGAUUUAUUAUAGGCACAACAACCAGAGACAAAAUCAGGUACCGGUCACCAGGGAUAGAGGUACAACAAGGUCAAAUUUAAGUAGUCUGCAGACCAGUAGAGUUUCAUCUGCUGCAAAUGCUAUUAACAAGUCCAAAGAUUUUCUUGCAUUCAAUGGAAAUCUUAGUCCAGCCCAGUCAAGGAUGCCUGUAAAGGUUGAUAAUUGCAAGGGUAAUGCAGAGAUGAAUUCUUGUAACAGGAGAGAAGGUGGCUUAUCCCCAGUGAGGAAGAGAAGGUCAACCAUUGUUAAUCAACAGGGUGAAAAUUCUGGUUUUGUCAGUUCCACCUUUGCAAAACAAAGAAAUUUUACGUGUGAUGCAAUGACUGGAAUGGGAAUGGGACUUAAUACUCACUCUGUGAACUGCACCUGUAGUAGGAGCAUAAUGGCACAGGAAGAACGUAGUAGAACCAAUAGUAGCAAGGACAGUGGGGUUAUUUCUUUCACGUUUAGUUCACCUAUGAAGCAGAAGACUGCGAGUGGCAUUACUCCUGAUAAGACUCCAGAGAUAUCCAUUAAGGAUAAAAUUGAUUUGAAGAUGAGCAUGGAAAAAUCAUUUGCCUUGAGUGGGGAUGCAUUAGGUGCCCUUCUAGAAAAAAAAUUGAAGGAGUUGACUUGUCAAGAAGAGGAUGAGUUGGGUACAGGAGGUACUCGACCAAAGAGAACCAGUGCUAUGAUUCUCCAAGAGCUAAUAUCUGCCUUAACUGCUGACAGACCAAUUUCUCAUGAUGAUAACACAGAAAAAGUUUUGCGCCACGCUGAUCAUUUGUUGAACAAAAAAGUAAUGUUUCAGGCCAAAGAAAAGAACCCUGGGGCUUCGCUUGGUUAUUUACGUGACGGUGAUCAUCUUAGCCCAGGAUCUGUUUUGGAAGCUUCUUUUUCAAACGACAGCUGCUUUUCGAGCAGUGUGGACGAUAGCUCAGCGGAACCAUUACAACCUGAUGCAGAGCUUUUGGAUUCGGCAACUUCAUUUAGCGAAGGGGGUUAUGGCCUUCAGUUGGCGACUAAUCUCCUUCAACAUAUUUCGGAUGUAUUAUACAGCAUGUGCUUAGCUGACACUGGACUAAAGGGAAGCAAGCUAUUUCAUGCAGAGGAGGUAAUCUUGAACGCUGAAUUGAUCUUCAGAAGUUCAGACAGAACCGAUGAUUUUUCUUUAAGCCAGUUUCUCGUUAAUGAGUUGGAAACUCUUGCGAAUGGUCUGUUGGCGGAAUUUGGUCAGUUUCUUCCUUGUGUUGAGGACACAAAACAUGGGAAUCAGCUCAAGCAAUUUCUCUUUGAUUGUGUGAUAGAGUAUUUGAAUUCUAGAUAUGUUCGAUACUGUAACUCUGGAUUCAGGGCAUGGGCAGAAAUGCCGUUAUGCACGACAAAUGAUAAGCUGAUUACCGGGAUCGUUGGGGAAGUUAGAAGGUGGACGCGACUGGCUGGGAAGAUUCCGGACGAGAUUAUAGAGACGGAGAUGAGUCAGUCCUUGGGGAAAUGGACAGAUUUUGAAAUUGAAGGGUACGAGACUGGUGCUGUAAUUGAUGUGGAACUGCUGCAGAUUCUGGUUGAUGAUAUUGUGAUAGAUCUCUGUGAGGAAAAUAUGGGUUUCUCAGGUUCUUAUUGUUCAGCUGUUGGUGACUACUGAUUCAACAACCGAUACCCUCAUUCCUAACAAGAUAUAGCAUCUCUCUCUGGCUUUUGUUAAUGGAACCAGAAUGGUAUUUUUGUACAAAUGGAUGGAUUUCAUCACUGGGGAGAAUUUGACGGUGGUGGUUAUUUAAUUCUGUAGAUGAGCAUGGUACUUGUAGUUGCAGACUUGAUUACUUGUUGCUUUCAGAACUCUGACCAAAUUUGCUGUGAUGGUAUCUUUCGGAAUGAAGACCAAAAUCAGUCACUUAUGGAUUUUCUUAAAUAUUCAAAUGUACCGAGGAAAAGUGAUGUUUGCUGUGCAGUUUAAUCAUUCUCUAAUUUGGAGGUUUUGUUA